UGCAGUAGUCAGAAGGUUAAGUAUACAUAUAUGGAAAAUAACUUGUAAUGACAAUUUGUAUGGUGUUCAUUUAUUUUUCAGUCAUUUACUGGCAUGACAGCUGAAGACAUUGAGAUGGGUGCAGUCAAAAUUAUUCAGUUUCCAUAUGCAGUUAUUCUUAAGAAAUUGAAGAUUUACUUUAAACUAAGACUUGGGCAGAAACGUAUUUGCACGAAACUUGAGUUCUAUCAGACACCAGAGAGAUGUGGUGUAGCACAUACGUACAUAAAUAAAUGUGGUAUUGGAUCAGACGGUUGCGAACACUGGUGUAGAAGUAAAAAUCCUUAUCAAUACCAUUGCAAUUGUUUUCGCAACGAAUUUCUAUGGAUUGAUGGAUUCCAUUGUGUAAAAGGUCCUGAAGAGUACAUCUCUUUGAUUAAAAAAAAUGCUGUGUCUAAAGCACAAGAGCUUUGUGCAAGUUAUCUUUCCAAGUUAGCUACUGUUUUUCAUCUGCGGAAACAUGAAUCCAUACUGGAAGUGUUGAAAAGCUCUGAUGGUGGAGAUCAUUUUAUAGGUGUUGUGGAUGUGGACUAUGAUCAAAGCUACAGUCGAUGGAUAGAUGGGACAGAUGUCGUAUUUGACAAAUUUGAGGAAACUCGUGGUUAUCCAGGUUCCAUUGGCUUUAUAACUGGAACUCGGUGGACAUUUAAGAACUCUAGUCAUGACAGGAAAAUUUUAUGUAAUACUGGACGUCAAGAUGGGUUCUUGUUAACAAGCUUCUAUGGUAUAGAGCCUGACCAAUUGCUUUCAUCGCCGUCUCUGGUGAAAAAAUCACUAGCGUCAAUUUCUGCCUUUGAUGUUAAAAGGAGUCUUCGUGGUUUAAAGGCUUAUUUAACAACUAACUCAGGGGAGUCUUAUGGAUUGUUCUGGAGACCAAAAAAUCCUAAAAUGACGAAUAAGUUCUUGGAGGUAUGGUUAAAAAGCAUUCAGAUUGAAAUAAAUGGUGUCAUUGUAAUAGGCUACAGUUGUACAUGGUCAACAAUAAAGUACAGAAUGAGGAAAAAUCAUGCCCUUUUACAAGGGAAAGAGUACACGUUCUCGGCAGACAGUGAAGAACUUCAGUUUGUUAAACCAUCCAUUAUAGCCAGAAGGAUUGGAGUGCAACUUGAUGAUUCUGCUGAUUGUGAAGGUUAUAAGUGGGACCUAGUUGGAAAAUUGACAGUGAGAAAGAUAGGUGAUCAUUGUCAAAAGAGAAGUCGAAAUUGUGACCAUGAAUGUAUCCCAACUCAACAAGGAUCCUACUGUAUAUGUAGGAGAAAUUACCACAUACAUUCUGAUGGAAGGCAUUGUGUCAAAGAUGCUCGUCCUCAGUUUAGGGGUCCUAAGCGAUUGGCUCUUGAUUAUCCUGUAUUUAAAAGCAAUAUGUUAGGAUUUCUUGCGAUGUCACCUAUAUAUUAUGAUUUUGAAGGCGGGAAAAAGCCUUUCAGUGCAGCAGUUGAGACUUGCAGAGAGUAUGGGGGAUAUCUGCCAUCCAUUCAUACGAUUUUUGAGCAUAGAUUGAUGUACUCGGAUCUUAUGAGCCAUACUACCUGCACUAAAUGGUUUCUAGGUCUAAACGGGACAUCUCUGAUGCACAGUGCCUGGCACGAUGGCUCCUGGAUUGACUUUGCGCUGUUUGGGGGAACAGUGCCUGAACAUACAAAUGAGGAGCAAGUGGUUUUCAUGGACGAGAAACUAUUUUACAUGUGGAAUUAUGGUCCGGCUUCCACAACAGAUGGCUGCGUUGUGUGCCAGUUUAGACAACCGGACUGUACUCGACCUAUCCUGACAGGACCAUAUCAGAUCCCCAAAAGUGCAUGGAUAGCCAAAGGAUUCACACUUGAUGAUAGAUUGCUGAAUAACAUUCUACUUGACCUUCGUAGUGGCUUGCAGUAUUUCGAGACUAACACAGCUGAUAGCUAUAUACAGGCAUGUAAAAUCUUCUUUGAAAAGUUUACUGUUGACUGA